UUACAAUCCUGUGUUAGUACAUGCUGCAUGUUCAUGUAUGCAUAUUGCAUGUUCAUGUAUGAAACUGCUACCAGAUCACAGUAGACUGACCGGUAAUAGAUGUAUGAUGCUUUGAGCGGCUAUCGUUUGAAUCAUGGUAUAAUAAACAUGAAUUUCUUUGGAUCAUGUAAGAGUUGCAAACAGUUGGAGGGAACAAUUCGCGAUACUCAAGCUCUACUAAAUGAAGUUAUGAAUUCAACAGUUGAAAAAGAGGAACUUGUGAGGAAACAGGGCCAAAAAUUAAACCAGUUGAUGUCAGAGAUAAUGAACAAAAGUGGAAGUUUAGAAAACACAAAUAAUGAGAUUACAAACACAAAACUAGCUGCCAAGUUUGACUCAAAAGUGAAACAAGGCUGGAUUGAAAUUUGUGAGGACCUUGAAGGGGACUUUUCGGAAAUAGAGCUCUUAACAAUUAUGUCCAGAGUUUGCGAGAUCGUCUUUACUGAAUGCCAAACAGUGAUUAAACGGGCGGAUGAACAACUUUUUGAAAGCAUAUUCAGUCAUGAAAAACAUAUUUCCGAAGCGUUAUUGAGGGAGAUUCGAUUUGCAAGAGCGACCAAUGGAGCAAAUACGGCAACAAGACAAAGCCAGGCGCAGAAAAUAUUGGAUCGCAUCGAGUGGCCAGAGAAUAUAAAAACGAUUAUAUCCGAAUGUCCAAAGACUUGUAUUCAAACAUUUUUGACAGAGCUUGUCGAUGUCUGCUGGUUGAUGGUGACCUCCAAUCCACCGUUGAUCCUAAAUUUUGACGUCAAAGGAAAGGAAUAUUCGGCUAAUGUCAGGGAAAGAUUUGUUCAAAUUGCAACGACGGACGUAAUUUCUGACAGCCAAUGUUUGCCUGGACAUGUUUUGUUAGUUGCAUGGCCGUCAGUCGAGCUGGAGGAUAAUAGCAAUUAUCUCAAAAAGGGAGAAGUUGUUGUUAUGCCAAACAAAACACAAACAUAAAUGAAAAGAUACCAUUUAAUUGAUCAUACAUGAUAGUUAUACUGUUGUAAAUGCAUACAAUCUAGAUGAUUGUUUGUGAACGCUGUGAAAAAUAAACGACCAGUGUCUUAUCAAAGAUCUUAAACAAAUUACACUUUGACAAAAUUGACUGCAAUUUAUUGACAAUACUCGUACAUUUACAAUCAAUGUGUAUUGCUAAUCAUCCUUUAAAACUGAAUUUUGAAGUGAAAAAGAUAUAUUACAAUUU